AUGAAAGUGAUUGUCGUUGGAGGUGGCAUCGGCGGGUUGGCGGCCGCGAUUGGCCUCCGCCGUGCUGGUCAUGAAGUCAAGAUUUUUGAACGCUCGUCCUUUCUCCGAGAGGUCGGUGCGGCUAUUCACGUCUGUCCCAAUGCCUCGCGGAUCCUCCUCCAGUGGGGAUUCGACGCCGAACUAGCUCGCAUGGUGACGGUGCGCCGCUCGGUGGUAGCGUCAGGUAGCUCGCUCAAGCCACUAGUCGAAGUCGAUUGCUCGAAGUUUAUCCAGACUUACGUUGCACCCUGGUUCCUGGCGCACCGUGUUGAUCUCCACUCGGAGCUACGACGAUUGGCAACAAUCGAGGGGGCCCCAGGAUCGCCCGUGGACAUCUGCUUGCGGUCCGAAGUGGUAGCCUACGAUGCCGAAAGGGGAUCUGUUGCCCUUGCUGACGGGUCGAUUCACCAUGCGGACCUGAUUGUCGCCGCGGACGGCGUUCAUACCAGCGCUAUCCAUGAGAUAAUUGGCCAUGCAACACCGGCGGUCCCGACAGGAUCAGCAGCAUUCAGGUUCCUGAUCCCAACAGGGCUGCUGAGUGAGGAUCCCCAGACAGCGCCGCUUCUGGAGGAUGGCCUGAUGAGAAUCUUUGUCGCGGAUGAUCACCGUCGUCUGGUUUGGUACCCAUGUGCAAAUAAUACCGUUCAGAAUUUUGUCGGCAUCCAUCCAGAUCAUCCGAAGGAUGGUUCUGAGAAAGAAGACUGGGAGCGCGGAGCGGACAUCGGUGAUCUUCUCUCUGAGUAUCACGACUUUCAUCCCAGCAUUAUAGCCAUUCUCAAGAAAGCAACAAGCAUCAAUCGCUGGCCACUGCUGUACCGAGAUCCCAUUCCAACCUGGACCCGAGGCCGCCUAGUGCUGAUUGGCGAUGCAGCACAUCCUAUGCUUCCCCAUCAAGGCCAGGGAGGGGCGCAAGCUAUUGAGGAUGGCGGUGCUUUAUGUGAAGUCUUCACGAAUCUCUCCGACACUCCCAGUGAUGAGGAGAUCCGCUGCCGGCUCGCAAUAUUCGAGAAAAUCCGACUCAACCGCGCAUCAGCAAUGCAGGUCUUCUCGAAUGCAGGACAAGACGAAUCCUGGAAGAUUCGCGAACGUGCAAAGGAGUACAUGCCGGAGGGAGUUGAGGUGCCCAGCUCGCCCCCGGAGUUCAUGGCGCAUAACUUCAGAUAUGAUGUUCUGGAGGACUCCCGGCGCCAGCUGCAGUCGUUUUUCAAAAAAACACAAGCAGUCCAAGUUUGA